AUGAGCGCCCCGUAUGUCUGCCCAAGCUGCCGUCGCAAUGCACUCCGCCAUGCCGGCGCCCUGCGUGGGCUCUCCCGCACCUCCAAAGCGACUUUCAUAUCCCUCCGCUCCAACAAUCCCCGCCCAGCCCCGGCCAAGGAAACCACCGAUGCCUCGAGUGCGCAGAAAUCGAGCCCCUCCGAGCCCCAAUAUGCAAGUCCGUCCCGCGCCGAUGCGCUUUCGAGCCUUUUUGGCGUCAUUGGGUCGUCCGAUCGGUACUCACGCCCCCAUACCGCCGGCGAAGCCCUCGAUAAACCUCCCCAGCGCCCCCCUGCCCCUCAGCAGAAAGCGACCCAGACGACUCGAGCUGCCUCGGAGUUGCAGGCGAUACUUGACGAUCCGGAUAAGACCACCAACGACGCUUGGGAAUACUUUCAGCGUCACUACACCAGUCCAACCUGUCCAGCUUUGAAAUCAUUUUCUCUACUGGACCUUCGUCGCGUAGUCAGUGGCUCUCAGUUCUGGAAGCUGCAAUCUCGCCUUUUGAAUGACUGGUGCGCUGGUAGGUCGGACAAAUCGCUGCCGAGUCCAGUCGAGCUCGUGCAAAGAUAUAUUUAUUUGGGCAUAAUGAAAUCGGAAUUCUGGCAUCAGGCUCUUUGGACUUUGAACAUGGACGCACUGAAAAAGUUCAGCGCGACUGGCCGACCGGGGACGUCGCUUGCCGAGACAAUGGCCCAGGCCAUGGAACUAUGGGACCUGCUUCUCAAGACUUCGUCUUCGGAGCCCUCCGCAGAAGGACCGCAUUCAUCCACUGGAGUGGAAGUGGAACCCCCCACCCGUAUGUGGUCAUCUCUGCGACUGCCCUGGAACACUGUGCGCCAGAUGACCAGGCCUCAUCGUUUUUUCGGUACACGGCUCAACCAAUUCCUUUCGGCAAUCGAGACACACCAAAACAACCGCAUAGCAUACUCGGCAUUAGUCACCUUUGAUAUUCUCACACGAGACGGCGUGGAAUCAGUACUGGGCGAGAAGUUUUUGACGGAUUCAAUGCCCUUUCUUACCUUCCUCGCGCACAUCAUCCCUGGAUCCGUGCGCAUUCCUCUGCGGCCCAAUGAGAAUACAUCCAAUGACAUGAUCAAGCUCUUGGACCAAUACAAGGUCUCUCCGGAGGAUAGAACUGCAUUGUUAGGCCGAGUCAUGGAUUCGAACACCAAAUGCAUGCAGAUCGUCGGCACUCAUGGUGCGGAGAACCGUUCUGGAAGCUCAGGUGGCCUUGGAGGAGAGGAUCAUGACGGAGGAGGUUCACUAAUCAUUGACGGGGAGGUCAGGCCUCCAAAUGAAGGUCUCGCAAACUUUCAUUACGGACGUAUCAAUCGCGCCUACUUCCAAAAGAGAAGGCUGAUAAUAUACGACUGUUGGUUGGAAGCUCACCAGGCGCUUUCUCGAAAGAAACAAACAAAGGCCGCUGACCCGCCGGUGCCGGCCAAGCUUUAUGAAUUAACCCUCGAAGCCCUCAUGGCCAUGCAACUACCAGAGCAAGCCAUCAAGGUCUGGAACAGGAUGAUCGAAGACGGUGUCAGGCCGACGGUCAAGACUUGGACCGCCAUGAUCGAUGGCUGUGGAAAGGCGAAAGAUACCCGAGGAAUGGAGCAGAUGUGGGCGAAGAUGCUUGACUCUGGCGUUCAGCCGGAUGUGUAUGCUUGGGCCGUACGCGUGUCGGGGAUGAUGCGCGCAGCCAAGUUUCAGGAAGGCCUUGCGGUUCUCGACGAAAUGGCAAAAACAUGGGCCGAGGCGUACAAACGUGCACAGUCGGCAGCAAAGAAGAAGAAGAAAACGCAGGUGGACAUGGCUAACCUCCCAGUAAAACCCACCACGAUCGUCCUCAAUGGAGCGGUUACAAACUUGGCGUCAACGGGCCACAACCGGCAUAUCCUUGGCCGUAUCCUGACGUGGGCCAAAAGCCUCGAGAUCCAGCCUGAUAUUUAUACUUACAAUGCUUUGAUUUCCCUGUCUCUCUUUGCUGGCGACACAGAAGACGCUAUGAAUCUGCUUAAGCAAAUGACGCAAGUCCAGAUAAAGCCGGAUGUUACGACAUUCGGCAUUAUUCUCAAUUCAAUCUUCCGCAGCGGCUCCACAGCCAAACUUUCGCGGGAAGAGCAGAGCGAGAAGGCCAUGGCCACUCUUCGGAAUCUCGAGGCCACCGGGGUCGAGCCUACGGCCCAUAUCUAUGGGACGUUGAUCGACAACUUACUCAAGAGGCACGACAACGAAGCAGCCGCCAGGACAGUCCUUGACCACAUGGUCGCAAAGGGACUUGAAGUUCCACCGCAGGUUUUCACAGUCCUCAUGACUCACUACUUCGAUCGCCAUGACUUCGCGGCCGUCGAUGCGCUGUGGGCUCAUAUAAAGGCGUCCAAGGUGGUUCUUGACACAAUUUUCUUUGACCGCAUGGUCGAGCAGUACGCCAGCAUCAACAAGACAGAGAAAAUGAUGGAAUUCUUCAGACGCAUGUCCGCCAUUGGCCUCUCGCCUGGCUGGCCUGCGCUUCAGCAAGUGGUUGUAAAGCUCGCUGACAUUGGAGACUGGGAUCGGUUCGAAGAAAUCGUAAAUGAUGUCGAGCAGGGAGUUGGCAUUGCGACCAAUGGCAUGAGAGAUUCGCCCAAUAACGUCGUCCAACGGUUCUGGAGGGCUGUUGCGUGGAAGCGGUCGCUGAAGCCCAAGCCGGAGCAAUGGCCGGAGGAGGACUUAACGCACACGGUUGACGAGGGCCACGUCUCGCGCAAUUGA